AUGUUAAUUAAGAUGUCCUCGGUCACAUUUUUUCUGAUCUGUUGUCUGUUUUUCUUUCUCGAGUUUGUAAGCUCCCUCGAAUGCUCCAGCAACUCGCAGGAAGCGGAUUACGAACCGUUCCCUCGAAAUGUCACCCCGACAGAAUUUCAUACUCGCAUGGAGAUUACUUUAAGUCACCGGAAUGCCACGUACUUUGUAAACGAGCGAUACGAUGCAACAAAAGAGAGAGGGGCUUUUACAUUGUUGGCGGAGGAGUACGACUGGGAAACGUAUUACGACAAAAGCGAGAAUGAAAUCGCAAAUUUAUAUCUACCCAUCUUAGAAGACGAAGAAGAAAAAUUGAAUUUAUACAUAAAUGCGUGCAAGAGUUUCGCAUGGUAAGUUCAUCAAUUACAUCGUAGGAGGACAUGUCCGAAUUCAUCAUCAGUGGAGAUGACUUUAAGGUAUCCUUGAGGUCUUUGAGGCAAUACUCAGAUACUUCUACCUUCCACAGUAAUUUACUUAAAUGAAAAUUUUGUGGAUUAAAUCGCCUGGUAUAGAUCUGAAAUUAAUAUUUUUUUAUAUUUUGAAUAUUUGAAUGUUUUUUUGGAAAAUUUUGCCAGAAACUCAUGAUUUUAGUGAAACAAUUUCCUUUGUUUCGCAAUUUUUUGGGCAACUGGGCGUGACGGAGAUAUGAUCGUGUCACAAUCCAUUGAACACAUCAUUACAAGAGAUUGAAAUCUGAUAAUUUAUCAUGUAUUCAAACUCAAGUCUGUUUCUUUCAGUUUACUCUUUGAUUUGUUACCUCAGCGACUUCGAUGCAUGUUAGCUACCACGGCUUUCGAGGGAGAGAUUAAUGUCCUCUCAACGUUAAGUCUACGUAGCAGGUGGUUUUGAGAGCCCCCAUAAAAAGUUCCAGCUGGGCAGGCUAGCUAUCGAUGGACGUGAAAAAAAAUUAACAAAAAAAGCAUAAUCUCUUGCAGAGGCUCUCUUUUUAUUUUUGUCAUUUUUUCUUUUUCUUUUUCAUCAUUAUCAGUAACAUUACCGUUAUCGUUAUCGUCAUCGUUAUUGUUAUUGUUAUAGUUAUAGAUAUAUGUCGUUAUUGUCAUCGUUAUCGUUAUAGUUAUAGAUAUAUAUUGUUAUCAUCAUCGUUAUCGUUAUAGUUAUCGUUGUCGUUUUCGUUAGCGUUAUCGUUAUCGUUAUAGUAAUAGUUAUCACUGUCACUGUCGCCAUCGUCAUAAUUCCCAUCAUUAUCCGAGUAUGCCUGUGUCAUGCACUGAAUAAUAUCAUCUUUUUCUUUCAAAUCACCAGGCUUUACACUUACCAUUUUUAUUUACAUAAUCAUUGCACAGAAACAUAACAUAUCGACACUCCUAUCCUACAGUAUGCAGGAAGUUUGUCACCAUGGACCUAGUUAAACGACCUAGCCUGCCACAAGCCUCUUACAGCUCAGUGGUAGAGCGUCUAACUUACUCAUCGGGAGGUCGUAAGUUCAGCUCCUAUUGGGAACACCCAGGGUGCUCUUUCUCCCAGUAUGUCUGAGCCGUUAAUUGAGUAAUAUUAUCUUUCACAACAUUAUCCUGAUUAUCGUCAUUAUUAUUAUUAUCAUAAUCAUCACCCUCAUUAUCGUUAUUAAUUAGUAUUAGCAUUUUGUUGUGGUUAUCUGGGCUUUUUGUAGGACACAGGAGAGAUAUGAUCGAUACAGAUGCCGUUUUCCUCAAAACGAAAGUUCCUUGAAGUUGAUUGCAGACGCUUGCAGCGCGACUGUCGUAUUAGACCUCUUGUACAAAAAUAAAACACAAAAUGCCAGAUACCUCGGGCGAAAAAUCGUGCGGAAUAUUCCAGUCCAGGGGUGGAGAAUUUGCAAGAAUGAGACUGCUAUGGACUAUUGGUCAGUUUGUUUUUUUUAUGUUAUUGUUGUCAUUGCUUUAAGGAGAGCAAAUUAUUUGUCACCCCCCCCAACUCACCCGGCCUCCAUAUAAGAAGUGAGAGAUGGGUCCAUCACCCUUAGUUUCUCCGUUUCGUUACCCUUGUUACAGUCUUAAGCAGCCAUCUUCGUUUUCUUUAUCAGCCAAAAUUUGCUUUUAUGAAUCCUUUUCAAAGCAGUUUCUUCGCGUAUUUUAACAAGUAAUCUGACUGAAAAUUAAAAAUGUUAUCAACAGACUGCAAAGUCCGAAAAUUUGAGGUUCACAUUAGAUCGUCCUAACCUCGUAACAAAUUUAAAAUAUAGCUGUCCUUACCUCGUUUUCAUUUACAUGAUUUACUUUUGACGUCAUAUCUGCUUAACUAAGUAACCUAGUCUCAUUAGACUGCGAAAAUGGCAGUUGUCGAAAAAAUAUGAAGAUGCGGAAUUAACCCCUUAACUUCCAAGAUUUCAUUAGUAACUCUCCCUACUGUCUGUUGUGCAGUUCUUGUGAUGUUAGUUUGGAGAAUUGGGUAUUGAAUCAACUCAUAAUCCCCUAAUUGAUAUUUUUCUUUAUUCUCAUCACUUGUGUGCUUAAUACUGUAUUGAUAUUGUGAAGAGAAAUUUUGUGUUGGUCGAAGGGUUAAGGACCAACGUAAUCCUUCCCCUAAUUAUACCUGGAAAUCCGAAAGACUGCUAUUCCUGAGGGCCGUAAUUCUAAUUUUUAUUGAAUCUAUGGCGGCUCAGCUUCGUCUUUCCCAAAUUCCAGCUCAACUGUAAUAAAAACUGUUUGAGUGAACCUCAGAUGGCACGUUGAGGCAAAGACAAGGAUGAGUUAAAGAACUGAAUAAAGGCCCCUGUUAAAAUGUGCUUCUUGAUUUCUUUCAGGUUCUCUGUUAAAGGCUGGUCACACACGUCUGGUAACGCCUCCGUUCCAGUCCUCGUAGAAGCGCGGCCUCAGAGCGCCGUGAACCUUUCGGGAGGAAUUAUUCACUCAUACAGUUUUAUUGACUUUUUCUUUGACGAACCUGAGUUUCAAGCGCAAAGAGAAAUCUGGUGCCGAGGAGCCGUCCGUCCACCUCCUUUACCAAAACUUCCAAGUAGAUUUGAUGUCAAUUUGGAGCGGGUGACCUCAGAAUCCACUCGAGUUUGGAGUGUGCAGGUAGUUACAAGAGUUAUUAUUUCGAAAGAGAAAGAUAAUCGUUUGUCUCACGAUGUGGUCACUUCGGAUGUGGUUUGCGACGUUUCGACUGCCGAUUGAGGUGACGCGUACUCAAUCGACCUCAUCGCCUGAAGAAGACUAGCAGUAUACAGUCGUAACGUCGCGAACCACAUCCGCAGUGAUCACGUGAGACAAACGAUUUUGUUACAUACCUAGACUUUCACUCAUCAAAACGAGCACUGUGAUUGGUUGAUUCUUGGUCAUGUGCCCCUGAUCAAAUUCAAAUAUACCCCGACUGGAAUGCAAUUGCGCAGUUGUUGCUCUCGCGCCGAGUACAACAGCACGUGAUCAGUGCAUGACUAAGUUAUAAAUGGCGUGAUCUUCAGGACGGGCUAACGUCUGCUUGAAUGUGAAUAAGAAGUUGUGCCGUCUUUGUUUUUUCGUUUUUACCAUAAGAUUGUUUAAGGGAAAGUCUAAAUAUAUAACAAAGCACUUAAGGGACCGGUCAUUAUUUAUCGCCUGGGGGGGGUCGGAGUAUUUUUGUUGUCACAUCGGAGCAUUUACCUGAUCCCCCCGUAGAGUAUCUAGUUUUUAGAGAUCCCCCUUAUCGGUAGUGGAAAGUUUCAUGAUCCCCCCUUUUCUCCCAGCCACCGCCAAAUAACUUUUUGAAUAUGCAAGUGAUAUUUUAAUAGUGGUACUUACGUCUCAUGGACCUUGAACCACAACGGUAAAUAUUUGCUCGUCAGAUACGAACUGAAUUGUCGAGGAAGUGCCAAUCUCAAGCUGUUCAUCCAAAUCCACGAAAACAUAGUCAUCGUCGCUCUCUGCCUCUCCACUUUCGGAUUCUUCAUCCUCGGAUUCCACGUCAUCUUCAUCACUGACAGUUCUUCUGUUAUCACAGUCUCUUUAUUCUGUCGGUAAUAGUGACAUCGAAUGGCCUUCACUUUGUCAAGUUUCCGACCCACAGUCGUCAAACCAUGCUUGUUGAGAUACAGGUCUAGUUCUCUUACCCGCAACUUUUCAACUUUGCCACCCUCGAUGAGGUUAUCCCAUUGAAAGUCCUUGUACGUUCGUUCGGCCUCUUGCCUUCUUCGCUCCUGAGCUGCUCUUGUUCUGAUGUCCUUUCGGAUCUCAAUAUCCUUCAAAUGAUUAACAUAUGCAAUGACGUGCUUCUCUUCCACAUUAUAUUUUGAGCAGAAGCUCUUCAUGGUAUCCUGAUCGUUUCUGAUACUGUCAGAAUGUUCCUCGUACAGAUCUUUAAUACAUUUUCUUGGAAGGUAAUCAUCUGGUGUCCUGCCCGUCGAUUCCGUCUGAUAGAUAUCCAUGAAAUGUCCAGGAUUGUUUGAAUCUGGUACAGGUUGCGGAAUUCUUUCCGUUUCUGGACCGACCCAUCUAUUGUUAGAACACCAGGAACAGAGAUUGGAACUUUCUUCUCUUGACUCUUUACAGGCAUCACGACAGAAUUCCAUAAAAAGUUCUCCACGAAUAUAGUGGUCUUCCAUAAACGAUUCGAUCUUUCGGAAGUAUGCUGCACCGGGCGCUUGCUCUUUGUUUCGUUCUGAUGCACCCCGAUAGUUGUCGAGGUAAACAGAAUUGAAAAAGAAUAAUUCAUCAGGGGACUCGCUUACUUUGCUCUUGAUGUAAUCUUUAAGGACAGGGGCAUCAUCAAUUCUCUCGGCUACCUGACUACAGACAUACCAGGCAUUUUUCUCCAUCCGUUUCUUUUCGUACUCUUCGUAUGACUGGAGAGACAGUUGUUUGAUUUCCUCUUCUGAAAGAUCCUCAAAUCUCCUAUAUUUUUUCCCACUCUAGAGUUGUGCCAUCCACAAGAGCAUCAGAAAUUGCCGAGUUUGUCCUUUCGGCUUCACCUUGCCCGCUGUCGCCCCUCGAACGAUGACAUCGCACUCUAUAAUCGGAAUUGUGAACCCUUGCUAACUCGGCGUCUCGAAAUCUAACUUCGUAGUUGGAAACUCCCACGCCCGGACCAGCAUCUGUAAGGUCAGCCCAUCGUGGCUUUACAGGUGGAAGGCAGAGAUCUCCGAGAACUUCAAGACCAUGUUUACAUGAACUGGUUACCCUUAAAAUCCUGUCCUUUCUCGCAUCUUUUUCCAUGGAAUCGACUUCCUCUUUAAACAGAAUUAGGCAAGGCCUCUAUAAAAUAAUUGGCUUGUGCUUCAAACCAGCCAUGAACAAAAAACGUAAGGCAACAUGGUGCAUAAUUUGUAACGCAAUCCUUAACAAACAUUUAUUAUGUGAUCGGUAGGUGUUACGUCCGCCAGUGCUCCCAAGAAGCGCAAGCAGGCGAUUUUGUCAUUUGGAAGCUCCGAGCAACUACAAGUCCUGAGGAACGACUCAGCACCAGAAAAGAAGCCGUGGGAAAAAUAUCUUCUUCCCAACCCACACACAGAAAGGCUGAAAUUCUACAAUAGUGUUGUACCGCAGAUUUAUGAAUCUCCAUUCGUGAGUAAACAAGCCGGUUUCAAACAGUAUCUCCUCGAGCAACAGCAAAUGCGUUGGCAGUUAAACACAAAGAUAAAAGCCCUUUACGAUAAAGAAAACAACUUGCUUAGAAACGAGAAUUGGGGAGUGUGCCAAAACAUCACGAAGUUCAUGUCAGGCGUGGAUGGAUGUAAGGGCAGUGGUGAUGUCGCGAAGUGUGAGUCCUCCUUGACCACUGUCAAUGAGGCCUUUAAUUCAGCAUCCGAUUUGCUCUCAUUUAUCGACAACAGACGAAAGAACCUUUAUACAGAAGAGCAUACCUUAAGGUCGUUUGCAAGUGAUGAGCUCAAAUAUUUCCAGGAAGCUCAAGAGCGAGUGAAGGCCAUACACCAAGAGCUGCAGAAAGCCUCCAAUGCGCUCACGACCACCCUCAUGAGCUUGAAGAGAAAGUUCCCAUCUCCCAUGGGGAACAACGGCCAAUCCCGAAGAAAAAAAGAAAACAAGAGAAAAGUGAAAAAAAUCAAGGAGAAAAGGUUGCAUCAGCGAGCAGUAAUUCUCCUAGAAAAACUUACCUCAAAAGAGGUAGCUAAAGAGGUUUUCGAUUCACUCGAAAAGAAUACUUAUAAAUGUGUCUCAAGUAUUAAUGCAGGAUUCGCUGCGAGAUUUGUCAAGCGUCUCCACCUGGAUCCUCUGCUAUGGCUUUUGGAAAGAGGCGUGUUUGAAACAGAGCUGGCACGCAAUUUGAAAGUGGUAGUGGCCAGAAUGAACGAAGAGAAUAGCAGUAAUGGUGCUGAAAAAGGGUCAAGUUCGGGCGAGGAUUCAGAUGAAUCUGACGAGGAGACUGUGCAAGAGCCAGUGGAGAGGGCUGCCGAAGAUUCUGACACGGAAGCGGAACAAGAUACAGCCUCACCAAAAUAAACACUUUUUUAUUUGUUGUUUUCAUUCGGCCGCGUAUUAAAAUAAUGAAAGUUUAUGAUUUUAGAUUACGAUUCUCUAUAAAACAAACUGAAACGUUAUGAAACAAUUUUGAGCAAUUGUAAGUAUUCCAUUCUCAAAAUCUUGAUUACCUUUCUAAUUUAGAUCGUGCCUGAAUAAAAACGUGUAUGUUAGACUACGAUAGUGAUUCUUUUUUACAAAAUGGAGGGUCUGUAAAAGGGUUUGGGUUUUGUGUCUGGGCUAGAAUAGAGUUUAUAUAAUACAAAAUACAACUGAACGUGGUCUUGAAUAUAUGGUUGGGGGUUUAGAGUCCCAGCGGCAAAUCCUACCAAAGUAUUUACAAAUGCAAUCACCCUGGGGUCCUGGCGCGACCUAAAAUUCUUUUUUUUUUUUUUGGUCUGAUCCCCCCAUUAUGCUUGUCAAUUACGGCUGAUCCCCCUAAAGGUCUUCAAAAAACCAUGUGAUCCCCCCCUAAAUACUCCGACCCCCCCCAGGCGAUAAAUAAUGACCGGUCCCUAAUAUAUGGUCCCUCGCGAAAUUAGUUUGUUUUGUUUUCCCUCGAGUCCUAAUGUUUCCCUCGACUUCGUCUCGGUGAAUAACCUCUAUCUACUUUACGACAAGGGUAAUUGUGGUGUAUAAUACAUGCGCAGUGAUGACGAUACUUGUUUUUCGUCCAUACCCAAAGGAAUACUACGACCUCGAUAAACAUCUCUAUAGAAAAGACUCAGAUGGUGACCCGAAUCAAACGACGAAGACUGGGGCGGGAAUCGAUAUCCGGGAUGGAACGACAAUGAAAAGUACCUUUUACAACAAAGAGACAGGUAAAAGGUUGUUAAGCGAGAGCUGAUAAUUUGCUAAGCUACUCUUUCGGUUAUUUUCAUCAUUGAUCAUCAUUGUUGUCAAGGUAAUCACUCGUUUCCUCCUCUGAGGAAAGUCCCAUUAUGAGUUUAUGUUUCCGCUCUUCCUAAGAAUUGUCUUCACUCUCUCUCGCUCCUGCAAGGUGUCGUGAAACCAAAGACCAGGGUAAUUACAACAGCGGCCAAUUAGAAGAAUGAUAAACAUCAGCGAGAGCCAAUGAACUCUCAAAAGAAAGUAACAGGAGUUUAGGGCGGGAAAACGGAAAUGACUCAGUCGCGACCAAAGUUGCAAUUUUGAUUCUGAUUGGAUGAGAUGGUGGGGUGACUUCCUAGACCAAUCCGAGAGAAUAAUGAGGCAAAAGCAAUGCAAUGGCGUUUUACUUUUAACAAGCUAAUGAAAUCUGCUAAAAUGCUUAGGUGCUUAUCAGGUCUAUGUUAAUGAAUAUCAGAGCAGUCGUGCUCGGCUUGCUGGUCUAUUUUCUCCCCAGUGUUUGCCGUUUUAUGCCCAAUUUUUUAUUCAAUUUGAAGGGCGGUAUUUACUAUAAUCCACAAUGAUAAGUAGCUGGGCAGUGAAAACCCAUUGAAGUGAAAUUUCGAAUUGCUCUUCACUUAAGGUAAAUGCAACGAGCAAAAAUUAGAUUCUACAACACCAAAGUUGAAAUUUGAAGAGGACAACGCAAUAUUCGACACACCGUUUGGUAUAAUGGCGCUGUUUAAGGAUCCAGAUGCAAAGCCAGUUUACCAGGGGAGGGGUGUGGCGCGUGGUAUCAAGUGUGACGUGUGGCGACAGAUACGAAUUAACUGGCCCGGAGAUGCUCAAGCGUAUACAAUAUGGAGAUGGUUCUUUACAGAGAAGGAAGGUGAAGAAUCACUAUUGGUAAGAAUACUUAUUAUAGAAUCCUGUUAUUUUUUAUCCCGAGAGACACAAUGCGUUUCUAUCUUCUGGUGGGGGAAUGGACAAACAUACGACACCCACAUUUUUUCGAAAGAGGCGUGUCACGCGCUAGUUCAUAAGAUUACGUGACAAAUUACAUCGCCAUCUUAAAUGCACUUCCUACACUCUGAUUAGUUCAUUCAAGUUCUCUAUUGUUGUUUUCUGUUCUCUGAAUGGCAUAACCCCUGAACUCAACCGAUGAAAAGCUGUGAAAAACCUAUCGGGACCUGGUCCCUAUAAGUUUCUUGCGCUUGAGGCCAUCUUCAUAUUGUCACUAUGAAUUUUCAUUGCUUUAUACAGAGUCCAGCAGGACUGGUAUACGUACAUACUGUAUGUCAAAACUAAGUACGUAUGUUCACUUAGUCUCAUCCUUUGUCUUCAGGUGCCUGUCAGACUAGAGAUAGAAGGGGAGGCAGAAUUCAACUCCACCGAUAGCGUUGAAAUAGAGUUUAACCUCAACUUCAACUCGUUUGAAAGUCGUUAUCCGACUAAAAACGCGUUCAGCUCAUCGGUAAUUUGCCCUCAGGAGCCAACAACGGAGAAGCAAAAAGGACUCUCCUCAGGAGGGGUGACUGGGGUAGCGAUUGGAUGCAUUGUUUUGGGUCUGUGCCUUGGCAGCUUGGUAGUUUAUCUUUGGUUUAAGAGAAGAGUACUAAGCAGAAUGGGACCUCCACCCAUGAAAUUUCCCUGAGCAAAUUCACAUCGGAUCACUUUAUGAACGGUCGUUGUCAAGAGAUGAUAAUCUGCUCUUGUUGUUGUUUAUCUUAGACCGUGAGCCAUGGAAACAAACAUAGGUAAUUUUAGAGGAAAUUGUUAGAAGAACUACUCCAGAAUUCCAUGAAAAAAAAACCCAAUAUUUUAGCCCUUUAGCCUGAUUUUUGGUAUUAUUAAAACUACACGGUGUAUUUGCUUUCUUUUGCGCGAUUUCUAUGUUUACUGAAGAGUGAUGAGGGACGGGUGGGUCAUAACUUAUCGCCGUGGGGAGGGGAGCGGUGUAUUUCG